UAUAGAUUAGCGCGCACACUCUCAGUUGCUAAAACCCACAAUUCUACGAUCAUCGCUACUCCACUAGUACAGUACUGCCAUAAUACCAUUCAUCAGUAGACACAGCCUUAAUUUCUUCUUCUUUAUUGCUACAAUGGAAGGAAGAAUCGUGGACGGCCAUCUUGGGAUUAGUCCGCCGCGAUAUAGAGGUGUACGACAACGGAAAUGGGGGAAAUGGGUGUCCGAAAUCCGGGAGCCUGGCAAGAAGACAAGAAUUUGGCUUGGGAGUUAUGAGAUGCCUGAAAUGGCAGCGGCCGCAUACGACGUUGCAGCAUUGCACCUUAGAGGACGUGGGGCGCAACUAAAUUUUCCUGACAUGGUGGAUAUUUUGCCCCAGCCAGCGAGCUCUAGCGCAGAGGAUGUGCAAAUGGCGGCACAAGAGGCUGCUUUGCUGUUUCGGAGACCAAUGAAAUGCUCGGAGGCUGUAAGCGGCGAUUCCAGUGUUGGUGGUGGUUUAGGUCCUGUUAGGGUUGGGUUGUCACCAAGCCAAAUUCAAGCUAUAAACGAGGCACCAUUGGACUCACCAAAAACGUGGAUGGAGUUAACUGGGGUUCUUCUGCUGGAAGAGCCUAUGAUCAUGAGUGAUGAUAUUGAUGUUGAGUAUAGAGAUGAGUGGGGAGAAAUGCAACAUGACUCCAUUUGGGAUUAUUAA